AUGAGUUCCAAAGAAGUAGCUAAAAAGCCUCAUGCAGUAUGCAUUGCUCUACCAUUUCAAAGCCACAUAAAGGCAAUGCUCAAACUAGCAAAACUCCUCCACCACAGAGGUUUUCACAUAACCUUUGUCAACACAGAGUUCAAUCACAAACGCUUUCUCAAAUCUCUAGGACCAAACUCUUUAGAUGGCUUGCCUGACUUUCAGUUCAACUUGAUUCCAGAUGGUCUUCCAGUUUCAGAUGAGGAUGCCACCCAAGACCUCAGUUUGCUUGGUGAAUCCAUCAUGAAAAAUUUCCUAGCCCCAUUUCGUGAACUCGUCAUGAAACUCAAUGACAAUGUCACUGCAGCAACUUCCACCAAUAUAGUUAGUAAUCCUCCAGUGACUUGCAUUGCUUCUGAUGGUCUCAUGCUGUUUGCAACCAAAGUUGCUGAAGAACUUGGAAUCCCUAUUGCACUGUUGUUUCCUUUUGCAGCAUGCGCCUUCAUGGGCUAUAAACAAUAUCCUGCUUUGGUUGAAAAAGGUCUUGCACCACUCAAAGAUGAGAGCUGUUUGACAAAUGGGUUUCUGGACAAGCUAAUUGAUUGGAUUCCAGGAAUGAAAGGUAUCCGCUUAAAGGAUCUACCAACCGAGUUUCGAACAACGAAUCCCAGUGACCUCAUUUUCAAUGGCAUUAUUGAUGUAAUGGAGAAUCUUCAUAGAGCUGCAGCAAUUGUUCUUCACACAUUUGAUGCAUUGGAACCAGAUGUUUUGGAUGCUCUCUCUAGCACUACAUCUAUGCUCCCACCAGUUUAUGCCAUUGGCCCUCUCCAAUUACUUCUCAAUCAUAUACCAGAAGACCCUUUGAAGCCUAUUGGAUACAGCCUAUGGAAAGAGGACACAGAGUGCCUAGAAUGGCUAAACAGUAAGGCACCAAACUCAGUUGUAUAUGUCAACUUUGGAAGCAUAGUGGUCUUGACACCGCAACAGCUUGUGGAGUUUGGUUGGGGACUUGCGAAAACCAAGCUUCCAUUCUUGUGGGUAAUAAGACCUGAUUUGGUAGUUGGUGAGUCAGCAGUUUUACCACCAGAGUUUGUAGCUGAAACGAAAGAGAGAGGUCUAAUAGCAAGCUGGUGCCCACAAGAACAAGUCCUUAACCACCCAUCAGUUGGAGGGUUCUUAACACACAGCGGUUGGAACUCAACCAUUGAGAGUUUGUGUGCAGGAGUGCCUAUGCUAUCUUUGCCAUUCUUUGCAGAGCAGCAAACAAAUUGUUACUAUACUUGCAGGAAAUGGGGCAUCGGCAUGGAGAUCAACAAUGAUGUCAAGAGAGAUGAAGUGCAGAAGCUUGUAAAGGAGUUGAUGGAAAGAGAGAAGGGUAAAGAAAUGAGAAACAAGGUCAUGGAAUGGAAUAAGCUAGCAGAAGAAGCCACUGCUCCACAUGGUUCCUCAUCCAAAAACUUGGACAAGUUAGUGAAACGGUUGCAAGCUUGCAUAUAA